GCCAGGAGGAUGCAGUGUCCACCCCCGGCCGCGGCCCUGAUGCUGUCCCUGAUGCUGGGGGGCUGGUCUGUCCAGGGUCUGGAGAUGCUUGUGGGUAAGAUUCCCUACCUGCAGGCGGUGAACGGGAGCACGGUCAUGCUGCCCUGCAACUAUGCCAGCUGCAUCGGCAUCAGGAACCUCUACUUCAACUGGCAGUUUAAUGAAAACGGCACCAUGGUGAAGUUGGUCGACGCGACGAUCCGUAAGGACGGGAUGGAGCCCAGCGUGGUGGAGGUCUACCGGGAGCGCGUGGAGUUCAUCGGCCGAGGCAUCAAGAGCAACGUGUCCAUCCUGCUGUGGAACAUCACCUUCGACGACGCGGGCUUGUACACCUGCUUCGGCCGCAACCCCAAGGAGAAGGGACGCAACCACAGCGCCAUCUUCACUCUGGAUGUGGUGCCCGAGUUGAUCGUGGUGGACAACACGUUGGCCAUUCUCAUCGCCUCGGCAGUAGGGGGCGGUAUCGCGGCACUCAUGGGCUUCAUGCUGCUCAAGAACUUCACCAUCUUCGUCCUCGCCAAGAUAGAGGAGAAAAAUAAAGAGUGCCUGGUGAGUUCCUCAGGGAUCGACAACACGGAGAACGGUCUCUCAGGCUCCAAAGCUGAGUCGAAGCCCACACCAAAAAAGAAAUAAGGCUGUGCAUGAGGACAAAGGAGUAUUCAUAUUCUAACCUACGCAUAUGUUUCUAUAUGCAUAUAUCCCUGCAGACUUGGAUCUUUAUCAUGUUCAAGUUGAUAUCUUAAGAAAAAUAACCUCACCAAAAUAACCCACCUGGCUGUGGCCCCUAGUUAUUCAAAAUAUUCACAAAAGCUAACCUAGAGAUGGUGUCCUAAACGUGCACCAAAAGGCCUUCCAGCUCUUCUACACAGACAGCCGGUUAUAUAGAAUAUCUCAAAACCACCUUUGUGUGGAGUCUUUAACUUGAUCAGUUAAGUGAAGCAGAAGGAACCUACUGGAUUGGCUACUUCCACAAGGAGGGUGGUCGUUAGAAGCAAGGCUCAACGCGCAUGCUUCCUGUAAACAGACUUUCCAGAUAGAGCUUCUAAUGUAGAUCAUCUUAUCUCGAUCAUCGGUGAGGUCAGCUUAGUGUUUUGUGAGGACAGAAUUUGUGGCAAAAUAUUUAACUCAUAAAAUAUUUUAAAUAUCUUUCAUGGCCACAGCCGGAGUUUCCACCCCCAUGUUCUUAUCGCUAGAAGAUGGUGUUUAUUUGUCUCCCCUAUUUCACUGCUUGACAGGGCAUUGUGCAUUUACAGUCGUGUGAAUGACUGAACCUUGCUUUACCUCACACGAAGAUUCGUAAGAAACGAUCAGCUGUUUUUGUUCUUCAUUUUAUAUUACACCCCUACAUCACUCCUGGAUCUCAUUGCAUUUUAUAGGUGACCAAGUUGAAUAUUUAAAAAUGAUAAUAGUAGCAGGAAAAAAAACAUUUUUACGAGCAAAACAAAAAAUAUGCAAGGAUUGAGCCCAGCUCUUCCUUUCUUCGCUUGAUACGAAACACAGGUGCCUGUUAGCUGCUACCCUCUGCGUACCAGGGGAUCGUGUCUUUAUAGUGCAAACGCUACCAGUAAUACGACAUGCUACUGAAUGAUAGACAAUCCCCUUACCAAGUCCCUGUAGAACCAGGAAUGUCCCCCCUCGGAUGCUGCUUCAAGUCUUAUAUAACCGAUGCAUUCGCAGCAUGUGAAGCAACUGGGCAGAUCUUUAGGCACAGUGCUUGAACGUUCCUUUUUGGGAAUAUUAUCUUCUUCUACUACUACUGUUUACCUGCGCCCACGCUAAUAGCUUCUCUGCUAUAGGUUAGCUGUCAUGGCCAUCCAUGACCUCUUCUCUAGCCCAUCCCAGUAGAAGAACUUGAGCUCUGAUUGGUCCUAGAUGUACAAACAAAAUGUGUUACCACAUUUUGUGGUUUGGCAUUCAAUUAAAUAAACAUUUAAUGUUUGAGAUUAAAUUGGUUAAUAAAUGCUAAAGAUGGCCUCCCUGCUAGGAAGAAUCAAGGAAAUAGCUAAAGAAACAAAUAUGUUUGCUUGUGUUGUUCAGUCAAGCAUACCAUCAAAUUAUAUAUAACAUAUAACUAUAUUGAGUAUGCACACGCGGGGUCACAGACCGUUAAUUGGGAUGUAGGAAAAAGGACACUGGCUUGUGCCAAACGGGGAAAGCCAUAAAAUAAAACAUAUAAAAUACAUCGCUACAUCAAGACAGGAAUACUUCACGUUUUCAGUUCAAUUUUACAGCAUAAAAUGAACCAAUGAAACACAUUGUUGAGGCCAUUUCCAACAUACUAGUUUUGCACCUUCUAGACACUGAAUGUCCGGUUAUAAAAAACAAUACCUCUGGUGUGUGGGACGGAUGGUUCUGGAGACAGAUGAGCAGGAGGUGAAGUUACAACGGAGUGUUCUUUGCUGGACUGCGGAAAGCACUGUCUAGUGACAGAUUGUUGUUUGUCUUAAAGCACUCUUGAUGUGCCUCCAUGGCUCAAAAGCAAUACUGUAAAGUGAGAAUCUAUCAGGCACUUUAAACAAUGCUAUUUUUGUGUCUGUAUAUAAAGAACCUAAGUGUUAUCAGAGUCCUCUGUACUUGGGUGUGUCAUGUUGUGUCCAUGUUGCCGGAGGAACCCCUACUGCACAUAUCAGGGUGAUGUCGAAGAAGAGUAUAAGGGUGUGAGUUCACGUGAUAUCAAUGUGUGUGGUUUCAUUUUUGGUUUAUUUUACAGUUUUUUAUGUUGGUUUUUACAAUGAUGUGAUUUUUAAAACGACAUGAAGCAUUGAUGUGUUGGAAGUUUUUCUUACUUUGGAAGUUGUUUUGGUAUCUAUUUUGACAUUUCUUUCCUAUGAUUUAGCUCAUCUGUGAACUGUUUUGUAUAAGGUAACACUUGAACUUGAUUGCUAGUAGGAUGAAGUAUUGGUUGGCGGCGCUAGAACAAACCAACAUGCUACUGGAAUAACACCUCACACAGGAGGUCUCAGCACUUUAUCUUUGGGGAAGAAUGAAGGACAUCUACACAAAUCUGGACUAACAUAAAAAAAUGUCUAGAUUAUUUUAAACCGAUUUGCACCAAAAGCAUGCUGCUAAUCUCUACACCACACUUAAACACGCUUAAUUUUAUUGUUAGAAGAGAAAGUUGCCUUUCGCUUUAUAACUGGAAUAGAUGGAUGGAGAUUGAGUGUUGACAUUGCUGCAAUAAGGUCUUUAUGUAGCCUAUAUAUAUGCAGAUGACAUGCAACUCUAUGCAAGGGAAGAAACGUUCAACUGUUUAGUCACACUUCACAUUUGAGUUACUGUGAUGACAUGGCAAGCAAUACCAACAGGGCGACGGGAUUCAUCCAGAUAAGAGCUAACUGCUAACCGCGGAAAAACGGCCAGCAUCAUGCUCACCCUCAAAUGAUGUUCCCACUCACAACCAUAUCAAUAAAU